ACCCAUACUCAAUGUUAAUUUGGCUCAUUUCACAUUACCCCCAUUUACCACUAGUGUCCAAAAAAAUGUCUCCCCUGAGUCUGCUCUUUCUCCUACUGGCAACCACAACCGCAUCAGCUCCUCUCCGUCCCGGCUUCUACUCGGAAACAUGCCCGGAGGCAGAAUCCAUUGUAAGACAGGUGAUGAAAAAGGCCAUGGCACGAGAACCCCGGAGUAUCGCCUCUGUUAUGCGCUUCCAAUUCCAUGACUGCUUCGUUAAUGGUUGUGAUGCGUCUCUGUUGCUUGAUGAUACGCCGACCAUGUUGGGUGAAAAGCUCGCUCUCUCGAACAUAAACUCGUUGAGAUCAUUUGAAGUCAUUGAUGAGGUGAAGGAAGCGUUAGAGAAGGUGUGUCCAGGAACAGUUUCUUGCGCAGAUAUCAUAAUCAUGGCUGCUAGAGAUGCCGUUGCGCUGAGUGGAGGACCCAAUUGGGAAGUGAGGCUGGGAAGGAAAGAUAGCUUUACAGCCAGUCAAGAAGACUCAAACAACAUAAUGCCGAGUCCAAGAGCAAAUGCAAGUUAUCUUAUAGACCUUUUCAGCCAAUUCAAUCUUUCUGUCAAAGAUCUUGUAGCACUUUCUGGGUCACACUCAAUUGGCCAAGGAAGGUGCUUCUCAAUCAUGUUUAGGCUCUACAAUCAAUCCGGGUCCGGGAAGCCUGAUCCUGCUCUUGAGCCAAAGUACAGAGAAAGACUAGAUAUGCUGUGUCCUCUGGGUGGGGAUGAAAAUGUAACAGGGGACCUUGAUGCAACCCCUCAAACGUUUGACAACCAAUACUUCAAGGACUUGGUUGCUGGGAGAGGGUUUCUGAAUUCAGAUGAGACGCUGUUUACAUUUUCACAGACUAGAGAUUAUGUAAGGCUUUUCAGCAAAAACCAAGGUAAAUUCUUCAAGGCCUUUGUUGAGGGGAUGCUCAAAAUGGGAGAUUUGCAGUCAGGGCGGCCGGGGGAGGUUAGGAUCAACUGCAGGGUGCCUAAUAGCAGGCCAGUUGAUGUGUUGCUGGAAUAUUGAAAGAAGAAACUAUAGUUUAAUUAAAGUAUUAGGGUUUGCGAAUUAAGGGAGUGUGACACAGAAUAAGAGUAGGGAAUUCAUACACUACUACUCCGGUUGAACUCUGGAAGUGAAUGAUGGAAUGGAUGCUGUAGAGAUUGAAACAGGCAAAGGGAGGUUAAUACUAUCAAUCAAUUCCUAUGUUGAUGCUUUUCUGGUUGGAAUCUUUGGAAAAAGCAUAGAGAAUAAUGUUAACAUACAAAAGACCUUUCUUCAGACUCACUCAUGGGUUUGAUUAUUAUUAGUAGUGUUUUUGAAAGAGUGCAAUUGAUAGAAUGUAGAAAGGGGAAUGGUUUGAUGAUAAUGAAUGGAUAUGUAAGAAGGAAAAAGAAAUAAACAGUCAUUUUCAUU